UUUGCAAUGUAGCCUUGGGAAAGGACAGGGUAGGGCGACUGAAAAAAAAAACAAGAGACUUAGAGAGAGGAGAGACAGGGGAGGGAGGCGGUGUCCUCCUCUCCACAGAGUUCCAGCCCUGGAGCCAGGUUGUGGCUCCUAGAGCUGUGAGGGACAGCCCCCUCCUCCUGUCCCCUGGGACUCUACCCCAACCCACCAACAGCCUUGUCUUGGUCAGGACCUGCCUCCCCUGCUUUUGGCUUUCCCCCUUGCUCUUUGACCCUUCCCUUCACUGGCUUUCCUGGUUGCUGGCUGUCUGUAUUCCCUCCAUCACACACUUGCCCACUCACCCUGUGCCACCCGUGGCUUUCUAUCAGGCCCUGGCAGAGAAAGUCUGGGAUAUGAUGUGCCCAUCUCGCACCCUGCUGGUAUUAAGUGGGUGCUCCCCGGGUGCUCCUGGCCUCUGCCACUGGGCCCAUACUCAUGGGAAGCCCCCCUAAGUCCCCAGGGCCCUGGUUAAUGGAGAGAUGUGGCUCCCUGGGGCACAGCCAAGGAACCCCCUGGGUUGGCAUGGCAUCCCUGCUCCCAGCCCUCUGUCACACCCCCUUUUGUCAGCUCAGACCUCUGUGGGGAAGGGAUGCUUUAGGCAGCACCCUUGCUGUCCCAUGGGCACCAAACCCUGUCCCCAGGUGGAGUGACAGAAUGCAGAUAGGAAAAGAAGGGGAGAGGGGCCCCAGGCACAGAUGUAUAUCCACAGAGGUGAUACAGCUGUGCACCCGUGGAAAUAGACAUGAGCUUAUAAAGAUAAAUGUAUGUGUGGAGAGGUGCAUAGCCCCUGACACGGUCAUGCAUGCACACAGCUUGACAUUUGCACUCAGACACAGAUACACAGCCGGGGAGGGACAUUCCCUCAGAAAUGUUUGUACAGAUCCAGAGAGAAAGCUGGGCACAUGCAGGCGUAGCUGCAUAUCCGUGUAGGUAGAGACACGUGGAUACACAGAGGCAGAAGUAGGUGUGGUCCAUGUGCAUGCACAGAGAUGGGCGUGUGUGCAAAGAAACGGAUAUGAAUGCACAGUGUUGGGUGCAGCAGCAAAGGGCAUAUUCACACUCAGAAGUGGACAGUCACCCACAGAGAGAUUAAUGUACCUGGCACCUGAUGCACAGACACUAAGAUGGGCUCGUGUGCCCGGGGAAACGGCAUGACCAGAUGAUGAUGCAGGGGCACCCAGAGACGGACAGUCUGUACGGUGUCUGUACAGUGGCUGAAACAGACAGGUACGGCAGCAGGCCCUCCACCCCGGACAUACUCACAGUGCCUCUCAGAGACAGCUCUUGUGUCCGCUAGGCGUCUGAGAUGCAGCAGAGCCAGUCAUGGAGAGGGGAGGCAUCUCUAUGCCAAGACACCCCCUGGACGUUUGAAAGUGUGUCCUCAGGGCUCGGCUGUGGGAGUCUGCACAGCCAGGCUCUGGCAGGGCCCCAGGAGCCUGGGGUUGACUGUCCCGUGGGCGGCUCAGGCACUAAUGACCCUCGUGGGCAGGCAGCGGGCAGCCUUUGUUCCUUCUCCACCACCCCCCCUGGGGACCGGGAGAGAGCAGGAGGCCAGGCUGCUGAUUGGAGGAAGGGCAGCCGGGCAGGGGAGGCCCCACCCACUGGAGACUUCCAGGAAAGGUGAAAAGUACUAGCAGACCUGAGGUCUGUGUAGCCUUUGGGGUCCGCGCAAACGGAAGGCAGGAUAAGGGAGAGCAUGUACCCGAGCUUAGUGGGACUGGCACUCUUCCUCACACUCCACAUGCCUUAGCCAUCUAGUUCUCACAAUGCCUGACAGGUAACCACUCUCAUCUCACAGCUGAGGAAACGGAGGCCUGGAGAGGCGAAGUGACUUGCCCAAGAUCACACAGCUAGUAGCUGCCAGAGUUGCAAUCUGAACCCACAUGGUCUUGGUUCUGGGAGUUGCCAGGCAAAACCACACCAGAUCCUUGCCAUUCCCCCUGGGGCAGAGGGGGGGUUUAAAAGGACACGCUUUGGGCACAGAUGAACAUGGGCUCAAAUUGAUAGGGAUGCUUCCUAGCUGUGUAUUCCUGAGCAGUUCAAUCCGUCAAUGGCUGCUGAGCACUUAGGAUGUGCUAGGGGCAGGUGUGCAGUGGGGACGGAGACAAUGAGAUGAUGUGCCCUGGGCCAAGCCCCGUGGGAGGCACUGGAGCGAGAAGCCCAAAAAGACAGAGGAUGUUCGUAGAAGAGUCAGGUGGCCCUCGCUGUGCUAGGGGAGCACCCAGAGAGGGAGCACUCUCCCAGCUUGGGGUGGGGACAGGGCAACUCCCUGGAGGAGAUGACAACAUCCAUCAAGGGACGAUGGAGCAGAAGGAGGGGCAGUUCAGGCUCAAGGAACAGAGCAUGAAGAGUGGGAGAGAUGCCGGUGGCUGGGGUGUGGAACUCAAGACGGGAAGCAAGUCUGACAUGUCCUGAAGAAGCAUGAAUGCCAAGCAGAGGACUUGGGAUUUUAUCCUGAGCAGAGGGGUGAUGCAGUCAGACCUGCGUUUUGGAGAGAUCGGGGCAGAGAGCAGUUUGGAGGGGAAGAGAGCAGACAAGAGCAGAGGCACGCAGGCCAGGGAGGAGUUUGCCGUCAUCAGGCAGGGGCGAGGUGGUAAGCGUGGCCAGCGGUGGCUUCAGAAGUUGCCUCAGAGCCUAAAGUGGUCACCAAGCUCGAGCACGGACCGUGUACGUGGGGAUGAGGGGCAGGGAAUACGAGGCAGCCGCUACAUUUCUGGCUCGUGGGUUGGUGGUGCCACCACCUUGAAUAGGAAAUCCCAGGGGAGAAGCAAGUUUGGGGGCAGCAGGGGUGGAGGGUGACAAUGAGUCCACUGUGGAUUCUGAGGGGCACUCUGGUGGUUACUGCCGGUUGCCAACACAACAGCCUUCUGUGCCUUGCUCUUUGCUAACCAAAUCCUGGUUUUGUUGUGGUAGCACUAUGCCGGCAGUCCUGUAGACCCUAGAGGAGGGAGGGGAGGGGAGAAAGUGAAGAUAAGAAGUGUAGACAUUGCUCUCAAGAAGUCUGGCUCUGACAGCCAGCAGAUGGGUAGGGUGGGAGCUGGAGGGAAACACAGGUUUGUGAAAAGUGUUUGUAUCCCCACCCACCCCCAUGAUGGGGAGGCGUCCGUGUGCCUAAAUGUGGAUGACAGAAGGAAAGCCAGGCAGGAGAGCCUGGGGACCCAGAGAGAGGGGAGCUAAUGGAGGGUUAGGUCCCAGAGUCAGUGAGAGGGGCAGGCGCUGGGCAUAGGAGGUGGAAUUGGCCUUGGACAGGAUGUGGAACCAUCCUGCAGCUGGAGGGAAGGGACAGAUGAGCACUUGGAGACAGGGUGGGAGAUGACGGGGUGUCUGCUUUCCAUCUCUUUGUUUCUGCUGGAGGGGCUGGGGUUGUCUGGAAGGGGAGACUAGUGACCAUCUGGGAUGAUGUCCGUGGAGGGUCAGAGAGAGAGCCACCUAGGGAAACACAGAGAGGCUAAGGGUGGAACUGAGACCCGAGAAGAGGCUGGAGACGCUGACCAGGCACAAGUGCUGACCGCACGGUGACGGAGCGCUGCCCAGCAGUGCUCGGGCGGGGGUCUACGGCAGGUGAGAAUACAGCCAGCUGGGCUUGUCCCGCAGAUGUCACACCCUGGAAUUUAAGCCCAAGAUGAGGCAAAGGGUAUGCCAGGUGUGGGACAAGCACAGGGAAAAGAGACUAGAGGUUGCAUGGAGUGUGGAAAGAGACGGCUGUUUCAAGGGUAGGAUGAACAUUUCAGAGGUGAGUGAUCCUAGGGAUAGCAGGUCAAGGGUGUAGUCGUGAUGACGGUGACAGUCUUCCAUUCUCCGUGGCUCAGCCAAUGCCAUCACAGCCCUGCCUGCAUCUUGGUUUUCACCGUUCCAGGCAUGCAGACAGCUUCUGCCUGCAACCCCUGUGCUUUGGAGCCAUUCCUUGCCCCUCACUGGUACAACUUGAGGCCAUAGUCUACACCAUCUGCCGGAAGUGUGCAUGCGGGUUGCCCACCAUGGUAGCUGCUCAUCAACAUACCCUCAACUGGCUUCUUCUCAACCCUGUCUCACUUCCCCACGCCCCUGCCUGUGCUUCCUGGAUCACCUCCCAAAUAAGCUGCUUGCCCUUGAACCCUUGUCACAGAGACCUCCUGCAGAGCAACUCAACCCAAGACAGCAGGCUCAAACCCUCUGGGUAUUAGUUACCUCCUCUGUAAGACAGGGAGUCUAAUGUGUGCCUGUGAAAUUAGAAGGGCGCAAGCACACGGACGUGAGGCUUCUGGCACCAGGCCCAGCACCCAGCAGGCACUAAGUCAGCGCUCUCUCUCAUACACACAGUGGGUGUUUAAUAAAAGCUCCCGUCCCCUCAGAUGGCCCAGGACAGCGGAACCUUUCUGUCGCUGCCAAUCAAGUCCCACAGACCCUCAGAUCCUGGCCUGCCCCAAGCUCUACGGACCUGUGGGGGCCCCGGCAAGGAGAUGCUGGCAGAGCUGGGGUCCUGUCUGCUGCUGGCAGUGGCUCUGCUGGGCUCAGGCCCCGGGGCCCAAGCCAUGACAGGUGUUAAAUGUGGGGGUGUGCUCUCAGCACCUUCCGGAAACUUCUCCAGCCCCAACUUCCCCAGGCUCUACCCCUACAACACAGAGUGCAGCUGGCUGAUUGUGGUGGCCGAGGGUUCCUCUGUGCUGCUCACCUUCCACGCCUUCGACCUGGAGUACCAUGAUGCCUGUGGCUUCGACUACCUGGAGGUCUACAACGGCGCCUCAGGAGACAAGGGCAACCUGCUGGGGAGGUUCUGUGGCCGGGUGCCCCCGCCGCCCUUCACCUCCUCCUGGCAUGUCAUGUCCGUCGUCUUCCACUCAGACAAGCACGUGGCCAGCCGCGGCUUUUCUGCUGGCUACCAGAAAGAUGUGUGUGGCGGCGUCCUGACGGGCCUUUCGGGGGUCCUCACCAGCCCUGAGUACCCCGACAGCUAUCCCAACAACGUGGAGUGCCGCUGGGUGAUCCGGGCCGCCGGCCCCGCCACUGUCAAGCUGGUGUUCGCGGACUUCCAGAUGGAGGGCAAUGAGGAGUGCACCUAUGACUACGUGGUCGUCCUUGGGGGGCCCGGCCCUGCCCACGGGCAUCACUACUGUGGCAGCACCAGGCCCCCCACCCUCGUGUCGCUGGGCCACGAGCUACAGGUGGUUUUCAAGUCUGACUUUAACAUUGGAGGUCGGGGCUUCAAGGCCUACUACUUCUCAGGAGAAUGCCAGGAAGUGUACACGGCUGUGCGAGGCAACUUCUCCAGUCCACAGUACCCCAGCUCCUACCCUAACAACAUCCACUGCCACUGGACCAUCCGCCUGCCUCCUGGCUACCGGGUCAAGGUGUUCUUUCUGGACCUAGAUCUGGAGGGUCCCAGCAGCCUGACCAGGACCUGUGACUUUGACCAUCUGGCAGCCUUUGAUGGGGCCAGUGAGGAGGCGCCCCUCCUGGGGAAUUGGUGUGGCCACCACCUGCCAGCACCAGUCACCUCAAGUCACAACCAGCUUCUGCUUCUGCUGCACACAGACCGCAGCACCACCCAAAGGGGCUUCUCUGUGGCCUACAUUGGAGUCGUGCCCGUGAACGUGAGCUGCUCCCGCACGGAUUUCCAGAUCCUGAUCUCCGCACAGGCACUGGCACCACUGGAGCGGACCAAGGUCUACCUGGGCAGCCGGAGCUGUGCCGCCCAGGAAGUCGGCAGCACCUUCCGGAUCCAGGCCCGCUUCGACACCUGCGGCACCGAGUCUCAGAGGAGGAACAACACGUCGGUGAUCGUCAGCGUGCUGUACAUUGACUUCUCGGCUGGUGGGCAGGAGGACAUCCAUGAGUACGAGGUCCGCUGUGAGCCACGGCGCAAGGAGGCUUCUAUCCACCUGCUGUCUGGCUCCGACUGGCUGGGGCCCUAUGCCGCCACAGCCGAGCAUCUUCAGGAAGCGCCACCCAGGGAUGAGGUGGAGGCCCUGGAGGGCCCUGUGGCCAUGGUGACCCAAGACACCAGUGACAUUGUCUUCCUGGGCCUUUGCAUCCUGGCUGGAGUCCUCAUGGUCAUUGCCAUCGUGGUCCUGAUGCUGCUGUGAGCAGGCAAGGGACCUGGGUUCUGGCUUCCCUGGGAGGCAGCUUGCGGUCCCCAAAACAGGAGCACACCAGGCUUUAUCGACUUGUUGGCGACCACGGACAAGUCACUGUCCCUCUCCGAGACUCAGUUUCCUAGGCUCACAGAGCUGGCGUGAGGCUCAGAGAAGAGCACGAAUGGAUAUGAGCUUUGUAAACUAUGUCAUGUUGUGUGUGUGUGCAAUUGUUACUAAUUUGAAAGAUGGCCUGCAGUAGAAAAGAAGACUCCUGUGUGUGUUACUUGGCAUCAUGGAUAGCUGUGGUCACUGGUCACUUGUUCUGUAACUUGCACAAGUGCUUUACCCACUCAGGAUAAAAACAAGGGCAUCUUUUAUUUUUCCAACUAAUGGCUCAUCACAAGCCUUCAUUGGCAGGAAAUUUAGUAACUGUCUAAGGGCCUCCACUCUCUUGAACUGACUCAGGAACCUUGAGGACUUCAUCCACAGCAGGCCAGUCCUGCCUCCAAACUCCAGAAACAGAGAGAAAGGGAGCCGAAACCCCACCUAGUGCUGUCAUCCCAGCCUCCGCCAUGUGGUGUCGCUGUUGGAGGCUGGUCGUGCGCAUCCCAGUGGAUCCUGUCUGAAGAGGUGGCGAUGCCCUGCGAGGUCAGAUCCCUGCAUAAAACACAGGCGGGCCCACACUGUGCUCAGCAGUGAGGCUGGAAGCUGAGGACUGGUGUCUCUUUCAUGCUGGCGUUUUUCCUUAAAUAGAUCGUGAUCCUUGACUGCAAAGCUGACUGAAGUUCCUGUGUCUUUGUCCUCACCCCUGAUGUUGAGUCCAUUGUUUCCCUUCAGAUGAGUUCUCUUUGGAGCCUGUGGACCUUCUCCUGCCAUUGGACUUCACUCAGAGCUACUCCAGCAUCCCCGUGUUUCUCUAAGUUCACACUACGGGGAGCAUGGGUUGGGUUCCCGGUGCUUUCUGGCAUCCUCAAGCAAAUUGGUCCAGUCCCCCCAGAGCUCCAAGUGGAACAGCCUUGUUAAUGAAAAAUAAACAAAGAAAUACAGUUAUAAUACACCACUUUCCCCUGCUCACCUGUAUGUUUGCGUAAUGAAUCACUCACAAUCAACAGAAAUCUCCACCUUGACCAUGCUGACCACGGUGCUCAAGUAAGUGAAUUGGAGCCUGAUUACAGUUCUUUCAACAACCCAACCAACAUCCACUUGUUUCCAGCUUUGUCCCCAUUGUUGUGACCGGCUCCAAGCACCCAGCAAAGAAGUCAAAUGAGAUUUCCUGCCUUUGAGAUGUCUACACCCAGGUGUAGCAGCUUCGGGGAGAGGGAGGGCAGACAGUAACUUGCAGAGAAAACGAGAGUGAGAAAAGCCAACAAAGUAAAAAAUUAAGCAAGGGAAAAAGAGUUGCCUGGACAUUAGGAGAACUGGUUCAAGUCCAAGUUCUUCUCAUUAAUUGUGCAAACCUGGGCAAGUCACUUUGAGUCUGUGGGCCUUGAUAUCUCCAUCUGCAAAAUGGGACCACUGUUCAUAGCUUGCUGUAAGAUCGUAGCAACACGAUGAACUAGGGAGGUCUGCCAGGAUAAUGUGCCAGCAGGCGAGUUUUGACUGACACCCCGGGGUGUUGGGAGCAGAGACCCCGUCCUCUUUGUCUCUCACCCACCUUCUCCCUUUCAGAUUCCUCUAGCCACUGAGCUACCUUUGCCAGCCUACAAACCACCUGGGUCUCGGUUUCUCUGGACAAGACUGAUUACACCCCCCUGCCCCCAAGGUCAGCCUUCCUGCCUGCAAAGCAGGGGUGAUGAUAAAUAACACCCGCUGCAUUGGUUCUGUGUGGGGCCUGAGAUCAUGCAUGACAGUGGCCAGUACCUGAGAAGGAUUCAACAAACCUGUUAUGACCUUGACCUAUGAGUUCAUACAAAAGCUCCGGCCUAGAAACCCAAGUUCUCGGCCCAACUUUGCCACUGGCUUGCUGUGUGGCCUUCAGGAACCCAUUCCCUUUUCUGGCCACAGUUCCUGUUUUUAAAAUAUAACAAGCAUCAUUAUCACCUCUGGCACCAUCGCUGUCGUAGCGACGACUCAUAAGCACCAGCUACAUGGCAAGUGUUUGAGCUGUGUCAGCUGACGUAAGCCACCUUGUGAGGCAGACAUAAUUGGCCCCAUUUCACAGAUGAGGAAACUGAGGUCUGGGGAAGGAAGUGCCUUACGCCAGGUCACAGGUGAUGAAAUGCUGAAGCGAGGCCGAGAGGAGGCAGUUCUUUCCUGAGCUGGAGCCUCUUGGGCCCCCAGGCCAAGCUCUCAAACCCAAGGGCCAUGUCUGGUUGGGAAAGGACUGGAAUGGCCGACAGGGAGAGGAUGGUUUUACCCACGGACGUGCCCAGAUACCGCCAUUCCCAGCCCUCUGGGCAGCCGGCACGUUGAUUAUCCUGCCUGAGCCAUGGGAAAUGACAGUCUUUCUGACGGUACAGUGUCUAUUAGAAAUGAAAGGGCUGAAAUGAUACCCAUUAGCCAACACGCCCUGGCCCAGGAAGAGUGUCUGAUGGUGUGUGUACGUGUACCAGUUUCCCCUUGGUGGAGAGCGGAGGCCUUAACCCCAGC